AUGUUUGGAUCCACCAUCGGUGAACUCAACUUCAUCGUCAUUGAUGACGUCACAAAGGAAGAGACCUAUCGAUGGCGACUCAACGGUCAGCAGAACCCUGACCAGGAUACAUGGCUGCAGGGCAAGUUUGGAACAUUACCUUCGAACGAUGGCAUGAUCAAAGCCGAGGCGGUAUUGGGUUACUAUAGUUACGGGGACAUAGCCUUAGACGAUCUGGAUGUGGAGACUGUAAUAUGCGAUGUUUUCCCUGAAGCAGCAGAGCCUUCAAACCAACAGACGGUCAACUGUGACUUUGAGGUGAACUGGUGUGGAUGGAGCGAUAUGGAAGAUGAUGAUAGAAACUGGAUCAGAACCCGACUCUCAACUUCAACUGGCAAUACUGGUCCUACUAAUGAUCAUACCACUGGGUUAGGUUACUACGUAUAUUUCGAGUCAUCAGGGGGCUCUCAGGGGGCCAAUGCCAAGCUUCUAUCGGUCCCCAUUCCCGCCACGCCCAGCGGAGCGUGCUUUAAGUUCUGGAUCUAUAUGUAUGGACAAUCUAUGGGCGAACUUGAGCUCUCAGCCGUAAGCACCGAUGGGCAAAAGAAUGAAUCUUUGUGGAAGCAGACAGGGACCCUUACAAACCAAUGGAUCUACAGACACAUCGACAUCGUAGCUGAUUAUCACUACCAGCUUAUCUUUAAUGCCAUCCGUGGUAUCGGUUACUGGAGCGAUAUAGCUAUCGAUGAUCUUUUCCUUGACCCUACUUCAGGUUGCCCAGCUCUCGAGCAAUGUUCCUUCGAGACGGACUUCUGUGGUUGGUCGCAGGAGAGGGUCCAUGAUGACUUUGAUUGGUCCAGGAGUCGUGGAAGAGAUCACAAGACGAUCCCUGCUGAUAAAACUACUGGGGUUGAUACAGGUUACUACGCCUGGGUGGACACCACAUCUAACCCCGUGGACGGACAGAAAGCUAUCAUCUACAGCCCGACCUACACACUGACAUCCAUAUCACACUGUCUUCGCUUCUUCUACUACCACGACGGAAUAGGCGCCCUCACGGUUCACUCUCGACAUUCUGGGACGUACUCCGAUCCGCUCUGGGUGGCGCCCCCUAUCGGUGUGAAUGGAUGGAGGUUUGGGAGCAGUACAGUGACCGAUACGAACAAUUUUGAGGCUGCCUUUAAGGGUACUGUAGGCUCUACUCCUGGAUCUCUCAUGGCCAUUGAUGAGGUCAGAAUCGACGUGGGGGCGUGCCCACCAGUAGGCUACUGUACUUUCGAGGAGCCUCUUUUGGAUUGGUCCAAUGUGUAUACAGACAAAUUUGACUGGAUCAUUCACAGCGGUAGUACAUCGAGCGGAUCGACAGGUCCAACCAAUGACCACACGCUCAACAGUGCACAGGGUCAUUACGCAUACAUUGAGACUUCUAGCUCAGCGACCGACUACAAUGCUAUUCUUCAGUCGGUGGACUUCUCUCCACGGAUCGAAGGCUGUUUCUCCUUUUGGUAUCACAUGUAUGGAAAAGACAUGGGAACACUCAACGUGCAUCUCCAAGAAAUGCAAUCUGGGAAGAGGCGGGUGCUCUGGACGAGGACUGGAGAACAAGGGAACUAUUGGAGGCUAGCAGAGAUUGAGGUGUCUUCAGGGGUCUACCAUCUGAUCGAGUUUGAAGGCAUUGAUGGAACAAGCUAUACGGGUGAUAUUGGGCUAGAUGAUAUACAAUACACCGAGCAUAGCUGCCUUUACGUCUCACCCCCUACGCCCGCACCCACCAAUCCGCCCACCUCUGCUCCUCUCCAAUGGGACUGUACGUUUGAGGGCGCUACACUCUGCUCGUGGUCCCAAGUGACCACCGAUGAUUUUGAUUGGUCCAUUCAAACUGGUAGCACUCCAACGGUCGGGACUGGACCCCCAGCAGAUCACACCACUCAAACUAAAGACGGUUUCUACAUCGCCAUUGAUGCUAGCUCUACCAAUACUGAUGAUGCGGCUCGUCUCUAUAGCAACAGCAUCCCAGCAGGAAACCACAUGUGUAUGACUUUCUGGUACCACAUGUAUGGGGCGCAUGUGGGAACACUGAAUAUCGGCUAUGGGAACUCACUAUUAGAUACAGAUCGCUCAGUUAUCUGGACCAAAUCGGGAGACCAGAGUUACAAUUGGAUGUUUGGACGGGUAGCCAUCAUCACCACCGACACCAACCCCAGUGUGUAUCUGGAGGGCAAAGCAGGGGACGGUUACCAAGGAGAUAUAGCCAUCGAUGACAUUGCUUUCAACUAUGGAGACUGUCCUACUUUAUUAUUCUGUGACUUCCAGGCUGAUGACGCAUGUGGGUAUGCUAAUGAUGAUACGGAUAUGAUGGACUGGACUCGAGAUAGAGGGAUGACUUCAGAAGUAACCCUGCCCUCUGUUGAUCAUACAUCGGGCACAGCUGAUGGCUUUUACAUGCGGAUCAUGACUGGUCAGCUGCCAAGGGUUGGUGAUACUGGAACCCUGCUGUCAUCUCUGUAUCCCGCUCCUCUCAGUGGGUUUAGAUGUACUGAGUUCUGGUAUAUGAUAAGCGAUGACUUUGGAGAACUAAUAGUUGCAGCAUACCAAAUAGACCCCUCGGGAGUUAUCCUACCGACCGGAAUAUCUACAACGUUUACCGAGCCAACCAGUGGCUUUUGGCGCAAAGCCUCCAUUGAAGUACCUUCCAUUAAUGCAAACGUGUUCACAUUCACGCUGGUGGUCAAGAAAGGAAUCCAAGGUGUCUUUGCUGCUCUAGAUGAUAUCUACGUCAAAGAUCAGCGCUGUACAGGUCAACUAGGAUCAUGUGACUUCGAGGUGGACACCUGUGACUGGACAAACACGCAGAAUGCUGAUGAGAUCGACUGGCUAAGGCAUAGCGGUUCUACAGGCGCUCAAGGCACUGGUCCAACGUUUGACCACACCACUGGCACCCUAUCGGGCUGGUAUAUGUACAUCGACUCCACCCUGGGCUCCUUUGGGACCAGGGCCAGACUGGAGUCUUCUAGCAUCGAUCCUCCAGAGGACUUUGCCUGCUUCAGUCUUUGGUACCAUAUGACGUGCAGUAGUGACAGCAAGAACACGCUCACGGUUGCCUGGGAAACCUCUUAUCAGACGAACAUACUGUGGUCUUUCACUGGAGUAGCUGAAGACGAGUGGAACUACAGACAACUUACAUUUGUUGUCAAUGAGCAGUAUAGGAUGAUGAUAGAGGGCGUGCUAGCAGACACAGCUGCCUGUGAUAUUGCCAUUGAUGACCUGUACCUGUUUGACGGAGCUUGCAGUGCGGACACCACCCCUGCGCCGCCGUUCGCUUGUCUUACGGGCGGUACGGUAGUGGAUGCGAGUAAAGUCUGUGACAUGAGAAUGGACUGCAGUGAUGGGUCAGAUGAGAUGAAUUGUGGCUCUUGCUCUUUUGAAGACGACCAAUGCGGUUACACCACCGACCCCGCAGGCCUGUUGCCAUGGAUACGACAAGGAGGAGGAGCCUCCACCACUCCGCCUCCCAACCUCCUCCUACCCCCAGCAGACUAUGACGUAGUGAAUGGUACAUACAUGGUUGUAGAUGGCACUGCCAACCCUGUCGCAGCCGGAGAUUACGCCCGGCUGGUCAGUCCAAUGAUACAGGAGACGGGUACAAACUGUGUUCUCGUGUUCUGGUACUACCUUGCUGGUGCAGAUGAUAUCAUUGUGACGUACAAGACCUCACCAAUUGAAGAGACCGUCAUGUAUCGAGCUGCUAUACCAAUGACGGGAUCUUGGGAGCAAGGAUUAUUCCUCGUCGGACGAAUAAGAAUGCCAUUCCAGAUGAAUUUCCUUGGUGUGCGUGACCGGAAUGCCGAUGGGGGCGUCAUAGCCGUCAGUGACAUUCAUAUGUCUAUCUGCAUGUUCCCAGACAUACAGACUUCAUGCCAGGACGAGCAGUUUGCAUGCUCUAACAGAGCUUGCAUCAACAUGCAGGGGGUCUGCGACUUUAGAGAUGAUUGUGGGGACUACUCGGACGAGUUGCAGUGUGACCCAGACGCAUAUCCAGGGCGAUGUGACUUUGAGUCCAGCAUGUGCUCCUACACGAACAUCCCUGCUGACUACACGUGGGUGCGAACAUCCGGGGCACUCACCCAGGGAGCGCCUUACGCUCCUACCCGUGACCACACGUCCAACGACAGAGGGGGCUAUUACAUGCUUGCUGAUGCCAUGGGAACGAGGCAGGGGGAUGUUGCUCGGAUAGCAUCACCAGUGUUCCGUCCUACUGGAACUACAUCUACCUGCAUGAUUCGCAUGGCAAUCUUUGCACAUGGACCCGAUGCAGGCAUACUGACCAUAUACACCAGGACCUCCAUAGGUGGCCCACUCACAAUCCUCAGGAGCUUUACUAACUUUGACGGGGACAGCUUUGGGUGGUACUUUGGUGAUUACAUAACUGUUCAGGACGCCUACCAGGUGAUCAUUGAGGCAGCUACAGGCAGUGGACCUGACGGAGCAAUCGCCAUUGACGACAUCAGUUUCUCAAACUGUGACCUUUCAGAUGAUCCUCUUCCUGUGGGUACCACAGAUCCUCCACCUACCACUCUGGCCCCCUGUCCUGUAGCUUCUGAUUACCAAUGCGGUGAUGGACAGUGCAUACCACAGGAUCAGGUCUGUGACUUCAUCACACAAUGCGUCAGCGGAAGGGACGAACGAAACUGCGGUGCUUGUGAGUUUGAUGACAAAGGAAUGUGUGGGUCUCAAGUGUUAGGAUGGACGCCUACAGAAGCGGUUUCUGAUACCGCGAAUCUCCCUACAGACCACAACAACAACCCAUCAGGCAUUGGUCUCUGCAAGUGA